AUGGCGUGGACGGUCCUUCUAACGGCAACAGUGGCAGUGGCAUCGUUCUCGGCCGAGAUUGCAUUUGUGAUUGCCGUGUCACCGUCUUCGUCUUUCUCGCGGCCUUGUAAUGUGCCGGUUCACUUGGUGAAGAGGUCUGGUUCGGAUGUCAUUGUGCCAACCGUUUUUGUUGCUUCGGUUGUGGCCGGUUCUACAUGCAUGAUUCGAGCCGUGGGCUUGUAA